GAGCAUCAGGGAGGAAGGGAGAGACGGCGAUGGUGGUGGUGGAUGCUGUGCGUGCAAGAUGCUGCGAGGUCGCCUGACUCAAUGUCGUUGUUUUUGUUGUUGUUCUUCUUCUUCUGUAGUAGUAGUAGGAGUGUGUUGCAUUGAAAUUUUCGAUGCUACUCGAGGCGCAGACAAUAUAGUUUGGGCAAGUAAUUGGUCGCAGGGAAGGAGGGAGGUGAAGUAGGGUGGAGAGGUGUGGUCAUGGUGCAGGACUUGCAGUGGCCGAGCAGAAUGGAGAGUUCUGAGCCGUGGGAAAAGCCUGCCCGAGGAGCAUGUUGACGAGGAGGAGGAGGAGAGGAGCAGGAGCAGGAGGAGUGCGAAGAGACCGACGAGAUGUGAGCAGAGUGCAUCGGCUUUCCCUGGUUUUGUUGCGUCUUUGGCUUGAAUUUUCGGAUCGAUGCGGGGUUUUAAGGAUUGAUACGGGAGCCCGUGCAAGUUUUUUUUGGAUGCUAAAGGCUCUUGGAAUGAUAUGAGACGUUACCAGUUCGGAAUUGUGAGGCUUCCUAGCGAUUCUCUUCAUGUCCGAAUUCUUGUCCAGGAUCAAGGCUCGCCUUGAGACAGGCCAGCAUUACAACAGCAGCUGUGCUGAAGAGACAGGAUGGGUAAGAGCAGCUUUGGCGAACGUGGACAAACAGGAGGAACCAGCAGAAUCCUCCGAAGAAGGGCAAGAUGGAGAAGAAGGUUCGGGACUCUAUUCCGAGUGGCAGGCGCAGUUGGUGAAAAAAAUGAAGAGAGUGGGGCUUGGAUCUGCGGAAAGAUCCCCUGUCUUAACCAAGUCUAGGAGCAGUCCCUCUCUUGAGGGCUUAUCUUCCAGAGAUGCGUCUCAAACUCUAUGGGAACUUAAAGUUCUGGAUUCCAGGCUGCCCGACGGGUUUUACUCUGUAAUACCUAGUCGAAGCUUGAGGGCACGCUUUCGAACCAUACCAACUCUGAAGGACCUACAGCUGCUUGGACCGGUGUCUCUUGGAUUGGAUGUGUUACUUGUUGACACAAGCAAGGACAAAAAUCUUGUGAAGCUGCAGGAUCUGGCUCGUGUAAUGGUAAAAGGCAUAGGCAUUAAUAUUCUUCUGAUGAUCAAGAAAAUUGCAGAAUUGGUAGCUGACUUCUAUGGUGGACCGCUUUUUGAAACGGGUUCCACGAAGUCCACUGGAGACGAACACAAUUGUACAGGAGGAGGCAUUGUGCGGUUGUUGGGAGAAGUGAAACAAGGCUUAUGCCGACCGCGGGCUAUCCUCUUCAAAUUUCUUGGAGAUUCUGUCGGAUUGCAAAGUCGCCUUCUUAUGGGUCUACAGUUGGAGGCUGUACCUAGUAGCUCUUUGAUUUGUGCAAACCCAAACAAGCACCUGUCUAAUGUGGUUACAGUAAAUGGCAUCGAUCUCUUAGUAGAUGUGAUGCGACAUCCGGGCUAUCUGCGUCCUUUCUCGCGGAAGGCAUUAGUUACGUAUCACAUUGCAGGAGCAGGAGAUAGUGAUUCUGCGGAUUAUGAUUCUUGCGACUCUCCCUUGGAGCCGAAUAGCCCGCUGUAUGGCGUGCCUGACAAGUUGGAUCAUGAAAUCGUGGAGCAAGACGUGGAACUUGCUCGUCCACCAUUUUCAAGAAGAGGGCCGACUGCAGCUCCAGUAGCUGGGCCUAAUUCAGUUGUCGGACUUCCUGGCAAAUUAAGCCCGUCUCAGAGUGAGCCAGAUUUAGCGAAUCCUCGUGUGCGGAACCAACGACGAGUCCUUGAAGAGCAAAAUGCUGCUACUAGUCCUGAACAUUGUGCGGAAGUUCAGCUAGAGCAAAGAAAACCGAGUAUGGAGGGCUUUCGAAGUUUUCCUUCCAGGCGAGUUUUCAAUCCAGAGCACGCGCAAACUCGCUUGCGACCAUCACAGCGAGUUGGAUCAGAAGAUGGAAGUGUUCCGAGUAGUCCUGAAUAUCCAGUAUUCAGACCUCGUGCACAUUCUAUGCUUAGUGGGAGUCGGCUUCAUGGCGGACAUAAUACUUCAAGGAGAGAAAGAGCGUUGUCUGUUGAUAUAAGGCACGAGGCCAGAGGGAUGGACUUUCUUCAAUAUAUGGGAGAUUCCUCAUUGUCAAAGUUAAGUCACAGCCCACAUGCGGAAAUGCGAAGGGCUAGGAAACGGACCGUUACACCCGAGAUCAGCGACGAGGUUGUCAGGGCUGUAAGAGCGAUGAAUGAAGCCCUCAAGCAAGAGCGAGUUCGAACGAAAGAUCGAAAGCUUGAUAAUUCUAUGCCUGAUGGUCACAUUCUAAAUUCCAGUGAAGGAAGUAGAGUGGCUUCUGGGAGGUCUCUGGAUUCCAACAACACAGACGGUGAUGGUAAUCAGGGACAUGGGGAAGUUUCUGGUCCUAUUAGUCAUGAUCCAGCUGCGGCUGGUAAUCAUGAUCAUACUGUGGCUGGUGAUCAUGGAUCUAAUGCCCACACGUCCACGUUGGCCACUAAAAGUUGUGAAACUUCGGUUCCAAUAGGAUUAUCUGGUUUAGUUUCAGAUACAAACAAUGCAAUCCCUUCCUGGAAUCUGUCGUUGCAGUCACCAUCGCUGCCAAGCCGACCUCUAAUGCCAUUCGAAGAAUGGAAUAUUGCUUUCUCAGAGCUUCGAAUUGGUGUCCGUGUUGGAAUUGGAUCUUUUGGAGAAGUAUUUCGCGGGAUCUGGAGGGGCACAGAAGUAGCUAUUAAGGUGAUGCUUGAACAAGAUCUAACUGUUGAGAAUAUGCAAGACUUCUGCAACGAGAUUUCAUUGUUAAGCCGGUUAAGGCAUCCAAACGUGAUAUUGUUUCUAGGAGCAUGUACAAAGCCACCACAUCUUUCGAUGGUGACGGAGUACAUGCAUAUGGGCUCGCUUUAUCGGUUAAUUCACUCCAGUGAACAGGGGAAAAAGCUAAGCUGGCGUCGUCGAUUGAAAAUGCUUCGUGAUAUCUGCAGGGGAAUGAUGAGUGUACAACGAAUGAAAAUUGUUCAUCGGGAUCUGAAGAGCGCUAAUUGCUUGGUGGACAAGCAUUGGAGUGUUAAGAUUUGCGACUUUGGUUUGUCCCGAAUACUCUCAGGCUCUACUUACUGCGACGACACUGCAGUGGGAACUCCCGAAUGGACGGCGCCAGAGCUGUUGCGAAAUGGGCCAGUCACGGAUAAGUGCGAUGUCUUCAGCUUAGGAGUCAUAAUGUGGGAGCUUUCUACAUUGAGACGGCCGUGGGAAGGGAUUAAGCCCCUGGAGGUGGUAAAUGCUGUUGCUCACAAUCAGGCUCGUUUGGAGAUUCCAGACGGUCUUAUUGGCAAAUUGAUUGCUGAUUGCUGGAAGGAAGUUCCCGAAGCCCGUCCUAGCUACGACGAGAUCCUUACACGGCUGCAUGAAUGCGAGUUUCUUCAAGGGUGACGAUUGGGAGAAGUCACGCUUGUAAUCUAGCUGGCAGCUGCCACAGGAUUGAGAAGAUGCCCUCCCUGCAGCAUUUUUACAUCCGUUGAUAGUUUGGCCGUGCAAGGCAGGUGUGACUGUCAAAUCAGCUUCUCAUGCGGGAGUUCAUACCUUGUAAUAUAGAUCGAGCUGGUCCAUCAUUUUUAUAUUCUAGUUCAUGUAGUGGUUGGGAGUACAAAUGUAUUACCUUGUCUCCCUCCACAUGAAGCAUGGUUCAAUAGGAUUGUUCAUGUAGUGUGCAAAGACCAUAUCCGUAGUGUACACUAUACCGGUCUGUUGUUACCAGGGCUAAUUGAGUUCUCUACGGGCUUGUUAAGAUGUUCAAAUCCGUGUUUUUGGUGAUAGGAAUCAGGCACAUGUAUCUUUACCUUGUGCCUCUACUCAUUCAGUAAAUCAUAUUCUGGAAGAUCUGAAUUACCCCAGAGA